ACAAAGACUUUGAGUUGAAACGUGUGACUGACUAGUGAAGAAGACUACAAUGUGGCGCCGGAGCUUCAGUACAUUACCGAAGAAGAAAUGGGACGCGGUGGUGAUCGGAGGUGGCCACAACGGAUUAACAGCCGCGGCUUACCUGGCACGCGGAGGUCUCUCCGUCGCUGUUCUCGAGCGCCGUCAUGUCAUCGGUGGCGCGGCAGUGACGGAGGAGAUCGUUCCUGGAUUCAAAUUCUCACGCUGCAGUUACCUUCAGAGCUUACUUCGUCCUUGUAUCAUUAGAGAAUUAGAGUUAGGCAGACAUGGACUUAAGCUUCUGAAGAGAAGUCCUUCAUCGUUUACACCUUGUUUGGAUGGACGUUAUCUUCUUCUUGGACCUGAUCAUGAUCUUAAUCAUUCUGAGAUUUCAAAGUUCUCCAAACAUGAUGCUCAUGCUUACCCAAGAUACGAGAAGCAGCUAGAGAGGUUUUGUGGAUUUAUGGAUCCUCUUUUGGAUGCAACUCCACCUGAAUCUCUGCAAGGUGUUUCUUCUUUUAAUGAUAAGUUGAGCAACAAAAUGUACAAAUCUGCUUUUUGGGCUCGUUGUCUCCGGCAGGCGGUUUCUUUGGGGCAUAAAGAUAUGGUGGAUUUUAUGGAUCUUUUAUUGGCCCCAGCUUCAAAAGUUUUGAACAACUGGUUUGAGUCUGAUGUCCUGAAGGCGACUCUUGCGACAGAUGCCGUGAUUGGAUCUACGGCUAGUGUCCAUACUCCGGGAAGUGGAUAUGUCCUCCUACAUCAUGUGAUGGGAGAAACAGAUGGAGAGAAAGGCAUUUGGUCUUAUGUUGAAGGUGGGAUGGGCUCUGUCUCCAUGGCUAUAGCCAAUGCUGCAAAGGAAGCUGGUGCUGAGAUUUUCACAAACGCAGAGGUUUCUGAAAUACUAUCUGAGGACUCUAGCAUCGUUAAAGGGGUUUUGCUUGCUGAUGGUACACGGGUGGAGUCAUCGGCUAUACUGUCCAAUGCUACCCCUUACAAAACUUAUGUGGAGUUGGUUCCGACCAAUGUUCUUCCUGAAAAUUUCAUCGGUGCUAUUAAGAACUCAGAUUACAGCUCUGCAACUACCAAGAUAAACUUGGCUGUUGACAAAUUACCACAGUUCCAGUGCUGCAACACAAAUCAUUCAAGUCCAGGUCCAGAGCAUUUUGGCACUAUACACAUUGGUGCAGAGAGCAUGGACGAGGUUCACUCAGCAUGUCAUGAUUCUGAAAAUGGCUUACCAUCGAGAAGACCAGUGAUCGAAAUGACUAUUCCAUCCACACUAGACAACACGAUUUCUCCCCCAGGGAAGCAUGUAAUCAACUUGUUCAUCCAAUACACUCCUUACAAGCCAUCAGAUGGAAACUGGGAAGAUCCUACUUACCGAGAAGCAUUUGCACAAAGGUGUUUCAAACUGAUUGAUGAAUAUGCACCUGGGUUUAGCUCAUCCAUCAUUAGCUAUGACAUGUUGACUCCUCUGGACCUGGAACGGGAAAUUGGUCUAACAGGCGGAAACAUCUUUCACGGUGCCAUGGGAUUAGACUCUCUCUUCUUGAUGCGCCCUGUGAAAGGAUGGUCAAAUUACAGAAGCCCUUUGAAAGGUCUCUACUUGUGCGGCAGCGGAGCUCAUCCUGGAGGCGGAGUUAUGGGUGCACCUGGAAGAAACGCUGCACAUGUUUGCCCUAAACAACGAAAAUGGAAAGUGAACAAGCGAGCGACAACAUCGGCGCCGCAAAAAAGUAGAAUGAUUACUCUCCCUCUGCGAGACGACGAUGUGGAAAACGACACAUACGAAGCUAAAAUGCUCCUCAUAGGCGACGGUGAGAGUUUACCUCCUACUCCUCUGCGUGACGGUGCACCGGAACUCCAGAAGUACAACAUCCGCUCCAUCGAGUCAACAGUCGUGAUUCGUGAGCUAACGUCACAAGGUCUCUCCUUUCAGCUCUGGCCAGCCGCUUCUACAUUGGUCACGUUGCUUGAUAAUUACCGACGUGACCCUAGCAACAGUCCACUCACCGCCACACUCUCGUCGCUGAAACCAUCAUCGCCGUUGAACAUACUCGAGCUCGGAUCUGGAACCGGCGUCGUCGGGAUCGCUGCGGCAAUCACUCUCUCUGCUAACGUCACGGUGACGGAUCUCCCACACGUCUUAGAUAAUCUCAACUUCAACGCCGAAGCAAACGCUGAAACUGUUGAGAGAUUCGGCGGGAAAGUCAACGUGGCACCACUCCGAUGGGGAGAAGCUGAUGACGUGGAGGAGGUUCUAGGUCGGAACGUUGACUUGAUUCUGGCUUCGGACGUGGUGUAUCAUGACCAUCUCUACGAGCCUCUCCUCAAAACGCUGCGUUUGAUGCAGCUAGAGGGGAAGAGGUUCAUUUUCCUAAUGGCUCAUCUAAGGAGAUGGAAGAAAGAAUCUGUCUUCUUCAAGAAAGCUCGAAAGCUCUUCGAUGUUGAAGUUAUCCACUCUGAUGUUCCUCAAGAAGGUUCUAGAAUCGGUGUUGUGGUCUACCGUUUUACUACGAAACAGCCAAAUCAGAAUGGUCGGAUUGUUUCGUGUUAGCAAUUGCAUUGUCACGAUUCAUUUCCUUAAUGUUUGCUUCUGACAUUAAUGUGGAAAUUUGCUUCAAAAUCAAUACUUUAUUGGUUUCUAAUCUAACAGUUGCUCUAUGAUGUCCUUCUUCGUUGCUGUUAUAUAAAAUCCAAUACAAAAAAGAUUUGAAAUUUAUGUUGUUCAUAUAAAAUUGAAUCGAUAUC